UUGUCAUAAUAUUCGUUGUCAAACAUUGAGGUUACUAUUUUUGUUUAAGUUUUGAUUAUGCAUAGAAAACCUGAAAAAUCGGAAUAAAUAACACUUUAUUUAAUCACAUAUUUGGUCUUUUGCUCUAUUAGUAUUUGAAAACUAACAGACUGGCGUCAGAAAAUUACACUAAGAAAAUGUUGGACGGGUGGUAUUGCCGCUCGAUAGCCAACAUGCAGGCGAGCGAGGCCGCCAGCAUGAGCAACAGCGUGCCGGCAGAGCCGCAGCCGCCGCCCCGUGAGGACUACUCUAGCGACAGCAGCAGUGAACCUGAGCCAGAAACUAACUACAAGUCACAUUACCUUACGCUUAAGAAAAAGCUGAAAUAUCUUAUUUAUGAAAAUGAAUGCUUUCAAGAUGCUCUUCGAUGCAGUCAAAAGAGACUCCUGAAGGUAUCCCGCGACCGCAGCUUCCUUCUUGACAGGCUGCUGCAGUAUGAGAAGCCUGACAGCAGCACUUCGGAGAGUGACGAGACGGAAUCUUCUGAUGACACAGAUUAUAACCGGGCGGAUGCUUUGAAAAAAAAGAAAAUAGAAGCAAGUGCUGCCCACCAGACUGUGUCUGCUGCCGCCACACCAAACAAGAAUGCCAACCCUGUGAAGAGAAAAAGAGCUGUGGUACCUAAAAAGCCUCCUAAUACUACACAUCUUCACCAAACCAACAUGGCCAUGCUGUCAAAGGUCCCCGCUCUCGGCUUCGGCCUAUCGCCUGGUGACGGUCACAUGACCCCCGAGGAAGUGGAGCGACAUCUGCAAUCACGUCAGUCCUAUGUGGAGCUGCUGCCUGAGCGGGCGCCGCCCACUGUCCCUACGGAGAUGUUCAGCAAUGACCCAUCACUUGAUAGUGAAUCAAAUGAUGUUCUGGAGAACUCCCCAAACGUUGAAGAGUGGUUUGAUUAAUUUAAGUAGAGUUAUUUAAGUAAAAUAAGAUCGUUCUUAUGUCAUUAUGUAAGUGCAUUCAUUUAAAUAUUAAAGAUGUGAUUUCUGUAA